UUCUGCCAGUCGGUGAAGUCAGUUCCACUACUUAUAUUCUUUUGUUUGACCAAUUAUGAAUUAGAUUUCCACCUGAAAUUACUUUACGUUACAGUAUCUUUCAGAGUGUGGGCUAUUAGUAUUUUCAUAGGAAUCCAUUUGGUGCAACAUGAGGCCUUUGAAUGUGCUCAGUUCCAUGAACUUCGUGGGACAUAAAACACUACCUGGUGACAAAAAUUUUCUAUCCUCAGUAAUUUAUGUUUGUUGAAUAGUAAGCUUGGUGUCGCAUGUUAUCAAUCGCUGAUAAGCUUAUGUCAUUCAUUGUGUAAAAGUGUUCUGUAUUAUGUUUAUCGGACCAUGAAGAAGUACCGACAACUUGCUUUGAUUCUGAUAACGACUUUCAGUGUAGGUACACUGUUGAUGUACAGGCAUGAGUACUUGAAGCUUAGAUAUGUCCUAGAAGUCCUCAAUUUUUUCGGAUCACCUCAAGAAACUUUUAACAGCAACUGCGCUGUUUUGAAUGAAACAUUUUUGGAUCAAAAACAAAGGCACUACAGAUUCUCCAACCCUCCUCCAGCAUGGACGAAAGUUGACCAGCAUUAUAUCUACUCAGCAUUUUUCAAAGGUUAUAAAGAUAAAGAUCUCAUUGAAGCGAUAGCAGUUGGGCCGCAUUCUAAUUUUUACAAUUUUAAUUGCCGCGUAUGGUUUUCUAAUAAUGGGGUCAUCAACUCAAUCAGAGGAAAAUUUCACUUCACAACUGUCUAUCACUCCAAAUCCAAAGAAACUAACAUCAUGAGUCUCUAUAUGUACAUGUUAUUUUGUGAACCAGAAGAAAAUCAUGACACAGUAUAUGGAGCCCAUGAACCUUACGGUGUUAUUUUCACAAAUGGCUCAAGUGUCAACUCGCGUGUCUUCAUACCAGUCCACCAUCAAGUUUCAGAAGUCAGCACAAAUUGGCAGUCAGUGAUGUGCGUGAGACCAGACAAAUCGGGUCUUCAGAACUCUGCACUUGUUGAGUUUAUAAGCUUUCAUCGCAGUAUCGGAGUCUCUGAUUUCAUUGUCUAUGAUAGCGGUGUGCAGCAUGGGAUCCUACCUAUUUUACAAUCAUUGGCUGGACGUGAUGGGUUUAGUGACAGCAUUUCAGUCAUGACAUGGAAUUUCCCAUUCUCCGAUGCUUUUAUUGAAGACAUGGUCAUACAACACGAUUGCUUGCUCAGGGCAGCAGAUAAAGUUCCGCUAAUUAUGGUGUCCUCAUGGCAAGACUACCUUAUCCCUAAAGUGAAUAAUUCAUUAAAGCAUACACUGGCUCCCUACAUAGCUCAGCAAUCACCCGUUAGUCUAAAGCUCAGCAAUUUUGUAUGUUGUACAAAUUACCCUGACAAUAAGCAAUCCCAGUUAUCCUGGCCAAUGGCCUUACGGAAAACUCAGUGCCUAGACCCUAACACCCUCAUGAACUCGAUUUAUAUUCAUUUUGACAAGUAUGAAAAUUUAAAUUUAGGUUUAAAGAAAAAAUUAAGAUCUGAAGCACUACCUUUGACUGCUGGUGUGUUGCAUCAAUAUAUUGACUGUGAUAACUAUCUAUCCAAACUAAAACUAGUCACCGAUAAACCAAUUUUAGCGAAGUUUCUCGGCAACUUCAUGACUGAUAAGUUAUUAAUAUUAUGGAAGUCUGGCUCUUUAACCAAAUUAAGGCAUUCCAAUAUUGUUGGCUUGAAUUUGCAAGAUUUUCUCUCUUAACUUUAAUAUUUAUCAUGUGAUUUGAAUCACUUGGGCAAGACUUUCAUUCAUUCUCAAGAUUCAUUGCGAUCUUUAGAUUCAUUCUUCACAAAUUAAGUAUGCCUUAUUGUUUUUCAAGCCCAGUUUUUCUGAUAGUAGAAUCGAGAGGGUAAUUGGAAAAAGUUUGACAGUCUAUAAUUUUUUUCAAACGCAAGCAAACUAACCUAGACUUCAAUGAACAGAUGAAUAAAUCGACUGGCCUCAAACUUUUCAAGCUUUACUUCUAAUACUUAAUCCAAUCAUUCUUCUUCUGUUCAGUGUACGAUUGUAUAGCUACUCUUGGGUAGUUUCAUGCACUACUUUUGCGUAAGACGUCUUUAAAUGUAGCAUCCCUGACUGAUUCUGAGAGCUAAGCUUUGAGAUCUUUUACAGACCAUCCAAGAUGAAUGCAUUGUAAGUUGAAACCUUUUGGUUUUAUAAUUACGGACCAUCUCUCACUCCAGUCUAUUUUUAAUACAUUUUUUUUUUUUUUAUGACUCUUUACUAAUAGUCUUCCUACUUGAUACCUAUACUAUUUUUGCAAACUUAAGUCAUUAUCAGAUUUUUACAGCAUUGCUCAGUCAUUCUUAAAUACAUUGUUCAAUCUAACUCAUCAGAAUUUUUUCUUUUGCCCCAUAGGAUCAUGGAAACUAUCGUUAAAAUUGUGAAGCAUGUGUGUUGUGAAAAUAUUUACAGUAGAACCCUGGCUUAUCAGGGUAAUUGGGACUGGAGGUACUGCUAAUAAUAUGAACUUACAACCCCUGGAAUGAAAUAUUACCGUAUAAGUCGUUUUUUGCAAAUAGUACAGUAGUAAGUAUGCUCAGUAAACUUAAGCAAGAUGAUGAAAAAUUUUGUCAUUUUGAGUACAAUUUGAUUAUACAUGAAGAAACUUUGAAUGGUCGUAUGUCCCAUUGAGCCGGAGUAACGAUUUUUCACUGAUUUCACCCUUUUUUCGCCUAAGAAACUAAACCAUGAAUGCUUCAGAUGGUCGCAAAUAGUUAGGGUUCUACUGUACUUGUUAAGGAGCACAUGGAAUUCGGAUUUGUGCCAAAAGAAAUGCUAGUGACUUUUCACUGACUUGAUCAAUUCAUUACUUUCUUUUCAUUGAAAGAUGAAACCUUUCCUGAAAAAAUUUGAACAACAAACAUUUCUUAUAGUUAAACGAAAUUUCACUCUAAUCCUCUAUCCUUCUUCUCUAAAAACAGCAUUUAUAGAUACCUAAUUGAAAAACUUUUUAGCCAGUUAUCUAUCUGAGUACGUAGACAAGGUACGAUUGAUGCCCAGCAUUGGCUUGUCUGUAAGUAACCAAAUGCCAAUCUGAAAAAGUACUCGAAAAUUCAUGAAAAAAUUUAGAAUUAUACCAUAAUAGCCAAUGAAUUUUUCUCUAAAAUUCCACAGUUCUUUAGAAGGGAUUUGGAACAGUCGCCAGCAUUUCAUGAGAUCUGUAUUUCCUGUAUUCCUGUAUUUCCUAUGCUCUUUCAAAUGAUUAUAUUGGAAAAUGAUGAUAUACUCAAAACAUUAGAAUUGACAAAAAAUAUCGACAGUAAAACUGCAAAAACACAGAUUUUGUUUGCGGGGUUUCAAAAUCUCUACUUCCAGUCAUUGUAUUCAAGGAGAAUAGACUGACACUGUUGCUGGAAAUUUUCUUGAAAUAUUCUUCACACAGAGGUGAUAAAUCAGGUAAUUCACUAAGAGAUAAUGUCUAGUAUUUUUAACAAAAUAGAUAAUGAUUAGAAGGCUGCAGCAUCGCAAACCGAGUUAAACGUAUUUGCAGUUUCUCUGUCGAUACAUUUUAAUGGCCUAAAGUGAAACAACGGAUCUCCAUUUCAAUGUUUCAAAAUUUCCUCUCCUAUUCAAUUUUUUCCAAGAGAAACAAGCUAACUUUAUAGCUUGAAAUUUAUGUAGAAUUUUCUUCUGACAGAGAAGAAAAAUUAAGGAAGUGUUCACGAAAAUAUGUUCUUGACCCAAAGGCUCUUGUUCCAAAAGAGAAUAAAUAAACUAAUCUCAUACUCUCUCUCUCUACUAAUCUCAUCUCUCUAUAACUCUUUUUAUAAUCUCUAACUGGGAAUCUGCAACGUCACAGAGGGAGAUACGUGGUUUCGCACAUAGGCCAUUGAUUUGAUGCAUAUGCACUCCCUCAUUGAGAUACUCAAAAAAGUCCAUGCAACAUGCUUUACGUCUGGCUUCCACAUUGAAUGUAUUAAGUAAAAAUGCAUGCUGUGUAUUUUCUCACUCAAUGUGUAAUUCCGUCUUAAACUGCUUUUGUUUAACGCUGAUGCUUUUUUUUCUAUGUGCAGCAUUGCUUGCUCCUGUUUUAUACUCUGCAAACAAACUGGCAUUAAUUUUUUCCACUAAUGCUAAUUUCAAUAAUUUAAUGAUUGUUUUAUUAAUUGUCGCAAAUUAAUAUCUCAAAAAGCCACUGUAAUUAAUCAAAAUAGUUUGCUGAAGUACCUAGGGGCUGUUGAUAAAAUACGUAAUGCUAAAAAUUGGACACCCCCCCCCCCCACCCCUCGGUAGAGUACGCACUCGGAACAGGUGUGGGUCACUGUAUUUAAUUACUUGCGCUUUGUUUGACUCCCUCCAGCUGGCGUUUCAUGAUGAACUUUGGCAGAAAAUUGCCACUCUAUGUCGAUUUUUCAUCCUAGAUUUUCGAAAAAUCAGCGCUACAUGCCCAUUCUAACGUAAAGAACGCAACGCAGUCCUGAAUGUCCCCCUCCCUGCGACACACCCUGAAUGCAAGCUCUGACUCCCCCCCCCCUCCAGAGCAUUACGCACUUUAUGAACGACCUGUAAAAAGACAAGUAGGUCGAUUGCCCAAGAGGCUAGGCUAAAUUCAUUAGCCUCUGUGUCUGAUUGUGAGUUUUAUUCUAAUGAUAGUCAUCACUAACAGCUUCGAUUGGAUCGUCAACCAUUAACAUUUUCAGGAGGCUCUGUGGAAAAUUUGAGGUCAGCCAUGUAUUAGAAAGUCAUCGCAAUUACCCUUAAAAUAAUUUCACUUCCACCCAAAUUUGCUCCAUUAAAGAUGAAAAAUUGAAUUUUGUACACAAAUCCCUGGAUUGCAUUCAUUUACUCACGAUUCGAGCAUAUGCAUUCAGAUUCUAAUUUUUACUCAUAAUCAUACAAUUUUUUUUUUUCAAUUUGAUAUAUUUAUGUAUCUACCUUUAAGUGAUAGAAUUUCUACCAAACAUAAUCUUGUUUAUUUUUUAGUCUCGCUAAGACACAAUAUAUUAAGAAUGUAGGUGAGCUAAUGUAUAUUGGACUGAAUUUUCCUUUUUCUUGUCUUUUGGAAUUUGUGUGAGUCUGCCGUCCAAAGCAAAAAAAGCUGUCACCUCAUUCUAGAUUUUUCCAUUUCUCUCUGACUAACUUCUCUAAGGCAAGAAAAUCACUUUUUUCAUCAAUCACUCACAACAUAUACUUCAAUUUGUAGCAUGACUGUGUCAUGCUAUUGAAACUUGUAUUGAAGAGAUAAAUAUGAGAGUAGCCUGACUAAUUUGUAAUUGAACAUCUUGUUUUUAAAAAUAAUAUGGCAGAUCGUAAAAUGGAAUCAUAUUUUUGCUUUGUGCGGCAGGAUACUUUGUUGUAAGCACAGCUCAUUCUAAUCAUGGAAAAAUGAUUGAGUCCUUGAUAGGUUAUCUCCUUUAAGUGCUCCAACACAACAGAAAAAAUUUCAGUUUCAGUCACAAUUUACUCAAAAUACGAAUUUGAUCUCACAAAUAUUGUAAAUGACUUGACAAGUUUAACAUUUAAAUAGAUAUAUUCAUGCCAAAAUCUUAUCCACUUAUUCUUGCCCUAAGUAUCAAAUUGUUAUAAGUAGAUAGAGGGGAAAGUUAGGUCACUUUAAAGGAGUAUGUCAUUCAGUGCUUGUAAAAAUUUUGCUCUCCACACCCAUAGUUCAUAAAUAGAUCCAUCACGUCUACCAAAACUUUAUGAGAGAUUAAAAUUAAAGAAAAUUAAAGAACUUAGUCGAAAUGUUGAGCCAAAUACAAAACUGUAGGUAGAGUACCAUUACCUUCAUAUUGAGGGAUACAGUAAAAUUAGAUAACUUGAUAUUUUGCAUAAUUUGCCGUCUGGCAAAAUUCGUUACCAAAUUGAUACGUCUCCUAUUUUCCCAAAAUCUACAUGCAAGGGAGCAGAUAAUAUUUUUCCUCAGAAAUUUUCACGGAAUCCUGAUAACUACAUAUAGUUCUCACAGUUUUUUUCAGUCUGACAAUGACAAGGAAGUGACGGAACCUUUGGGUAGUAAAAGAAAUGGUUCAAAUAUCCUAUUAUUUCAAAGGCUCCCAAGUUCACUAAGAGUCCUUAAGUUUUUAUUUACUGCUCCUCUGCUUAUUUAAAAAAAAACUAGGGUAUAUUCCUUACUAUUUUAAAACCCUGGUGGAAUGUUUACUCUAAUUUAGUGCAUCCCCAGCACCUGUUUUUUCGUAGCGUAAUAACUUCUUAAUUCAAUAGUUCUGUAUCCUUUUACUAAUACGUCAAUUAGUCAAUUUUACAUGGUAGUGACGGAAUUUUAUUGCUGUUUUAAAGAGAUCCGAAGAGACCAAUGUAAGGGUGUUCAAACGAAUUUUUUAUGGUAAACUACCGAUAAUAUUUUGUUUCGAAAUGCGAAUUUGCUUUGUUAAAAGCACUAUUGUUGAAACUCUGAGGGCCUUGAAUCAAAACGUCAGGUGUACCUGUCUGUAGAGUUGAUUGGCCUUCGGAGCGGAUAAACAAGGCAACAGCUCAUUUUCAUUAGUUUCAAAAACUUCAAUUGUCAGUGGUAAGCUUUUCCUUAUUAUUACUACUUCUCAAUGGAACUGUUAUAAUAGCUUCACCAAAAACCGAUUGAACACCCCUAGACCAAUGAUUUUUUUGGUACUUGACAAAAAAGCCAGCCCCAAAUCCUUGCCUGAUCAGUUCAUAUAAUUAAUCUCUCAUGAUGAAAAAUUAAUGCCCUUUGAGAAGAAUUCUACCCGAAGACCUCCUCUCAACUUCAAAUAAUCAAAUCAUGAAGCAAUUUAAUACAUCUUGUUCUAGUCAGACAUUUUUGAAUCCAUAUCCAUUUAGCUUUCAGCUUAGAUGUGAAAUGAUACAUUACAACGCUCUACACGAACGUUUGCACAAAUAGUUUUAGGAAAUUAUUUGUUUAGAAACAUUUGAACAUUUUUUUUUUUAGUUCUCUUAAGGAAUAAGGAGGAUACUCUUGGUGCUCUAUUUGAGAAAUGAAACCUGAAAGAUGUAGAUUUUAAGGAUAUUCUCUCAAGACUUGAUAUAGAUCAACGAUGUAGGCUCCUGGCAGUUUUGUAAUACAAGACACAAUAAGCCAAGAGUGGACAUAGUCCAAUUCUUUCAUUUUCCUUCAGUUAUAUUAAUACUGUUCCAUGAAAACAUAAAUACACUAGAUGACUUCCAAGAAUAGUUAGCUCUUUAUCUGGCAGAUACCCGGAUAAAUUUUAUUAAGCCCUCAAGUCGUGAAACAGCAAGAUAGUAUCUUGUGAUUUGUGCUACUUUUAUGGCAGGAUCAUUUUCUUUUGUAACUAUGAUCUGCACAAGAAUCAGGUUAUUGUCAUUUGUAUGCAACUGACUUAUUCUCUAUUAAAAUUAUAAAUUGUAGUUCUCUUGUGUGAACUGUUCAUAUUAUUUGUACUUCUGUUACGGAGGGUAUAAGACAAUACCUCUUUUGAAUAAAGUUAAAAAAUAAACUUAAA